GCUCCGCCCGCGCCCCUCCCCGGACCCGCGCGGCCGUCGAGAUGGACGAGGAGAGCCUGGAGGCGGCCCUGCAGACCUACCGCGCCCAGCUGCGGCAGGUGGAGCUGGCCCUGGGGGCCGGCCUGGAGGCGGCCGAGCAGGCCGACCUGCGCCAGCUGCAGGCCGACCUGCGCGAGCUGAUCGGGCUCACCGAGGCCAGCCUGGUGUCCGUCCGCAAGAGCAAGCUGCUGGCCGCGCUGGACGCCGAGGCCGCGGGGGUGCCCGCCGGCCCGGAGAUGGGCCCGGAGGGAGAGGCGGGGCCGGGACCCGCGGAGCGCGGGCGCGCGGAGCCGGACCCGGAGCCGGACCCGGACCCCGACCCGGACCCCGACCCGGACCCGGACCCGGACCCGGACCCGGACCCGGGAGAGCUGAGCGGCGCCAAAGUGAACGCCCCCUACCGCAGUGCGUGGGGCACGCUGGAGUAUCACAACGCCAUGGUGGUGGGCACCGAGGCGGCCGAGGACGGCUCGGCGGGCGUGCGCGUGCUCUACCUCUACCCAACUCACAAGUCCCUGAAGCCCUGCCCGUUCUUCCUGGAGGGGAAGUGCCGCUUCAAGGACAGCUGCAGGUUCUCCCACGGGCAGGUGGUCUCUGUGGAUGAGCUGCGCCCCUUCCAGGACCCAGAUCUGAGCUUGCUGCAGGCUGGCUCUACGUGUCUGGCCAAGCACCAGGAUGGCCUCUGGCACCCAGCACGGAUCCUUGAUGUAGAUAAUGGCUACUAUACAGUCAAGUUUGACUCACUGCUGCUGAAAGAGGCUGUGGUGGAGGGAGAUAGCAUUCUGCCCCCCCUGCGCACGGAGGCUGCAGAGUCAUCGGACUCAGACAGUGGUGAUGCGGUUGACUCAAGCUAUGCCAGAGUGGUGGAAUCAGGCACUGCAGACACUGGGACCUGCAGCUCUGCCUUUGCUGGCUGGGAAGUACACACACGUGGCAUUGGCUCCAGACUCCUCGCCAAGAUGGGCUAUGAGUUUGGCAAGGGCUUAGGCAGACAUGCCGAAGGCCGGGUGGAGCCUAUUCAUGCUGUGGUGUUGCCUCGAGGGAAGUCGCUGGACCAGUGUGCAGAGAUCCUGCAAAAGAGGACCAAGCGGGGCCAGGCUGGUGCCAACAGGCCCCCAAGGUGCCAGGGGAGUGGGGGUGGGCCUGGGGGCCGACCACCCCCUCGGAACGUGUUUGACUUCCUGAAUGAAAAGCUGCGGAGCCAGGCUCCUGGGACCCUGGAGGCUGGGGCGGGCCCCCCAGGAAGGAGGAGCCAGGACAUGUACCAUGCCAGCAAGAGCGCCAAGCAGGCCCUGAGCCUACGGCUCUUCCAGACUGAGGAGAAGAUUGUGCGUACCCAGCGGGACAUCCAGGGCAUCCAAGAGGCCCUCACCCGGAAUGCUGGCCGGCACAGCGUGGCAGCAGCCCAGCUGGAAGAGAAGCUGGCAGGAGCCCAGCGGCAGCUGGGGCAGCUCCGAGCUCAGGAGGCAGGCCUGCAGCGGGAACAGCGGAAGGCAGACACCCACAGGAAGAUGACAGAGUUCUAGAGGCCUCGCAUGUACUGUGGAUGGGUCCUGGGACCCCAACUCCGGCUGCCUUGGCUGAAAAACCAGCUGUCACUCUGACACCUAAGAUACCUCUCAAGAGGGGACAGCCCACUUCUAGGAUUCAUAUCAGCCUCGCCAGCCUGGAGUAUUUGGACACUGCCAAGUGAAGAUGUCCUUCUGGAGGGUCAGUCACUUCUGGACACUUACUUGCCUACGGAGCCCACCUGCCAGUGUCUUGGGGCGUAUCCUUAGCAAGGACAUUAAAAUGAUUUCGUCACAGUA